UUAAAAUACAUAAGAUCGAGUCUAAUCGAAAGGAAUCGAAUAAAAUUCUGACCUAAACAAGGUUGCAUCUCGCUUAUUUAUCUGUAAAAUCCUUCUUGUCCAUAUCAAUAAUAAAAUUCAUCUAUAGUCCAUAAUCCUAUGUCGAUUUCUUCUCGUGAUUGCAUAACGAGAAACACGCAUGAUAUGAUUGCGAGAAUGAGCAUCCGUACCGAAGGUUUCUGGGAUGCUGCGGACACAUCCAAAAGCAGAUGAGGGAAUGCAUAAAGGAACAAAGAGAGAUUCAAAGGAAGAAAAACGCAAAAGUCAGACACAAAAUAAUAAAGAGAGAAAGUUCGCAGUCGGAAAGUAGCAAUUAAUUGUUAAUACACCAAUAAUUUUAUUAUUAAUAAUUGAACUAUUGAUUUAUUAAAAAAUAAUAGAUUUAAAUUUACUUUUAUAAUCUUAUAUACGUUAUAUAUGCGUUACUUGUGACAAUAGAAUACGCACCGAUUUGAAAUAUACACUCUAGAAUCUAGAAUUUGGAAUUUAAUAUGGAUUUAUUAUCAGACGUUCAUGAGCCAGAGAUCAAACGUUUGAAAUUUGAGAAUGAGUGUGAUGAGAAAUUGUGCAAAAAGGAGCAGAAUAGCAAAGAAAAUUUUAUUCAAGAAAGUACUUCUGAUUCAAAAGAAAUCUUUUCUGAACAGCAGGAGGAAGAUAAUGAAAGAAUGAUAGAAGACGAUGAGAAUUCAGUAGUUAUUGAUAGCGAUGACGGGUUUAAAUUUCCUCCUGACGAUGAUGCUUCCGAUAUGUUAGAUGAAGUGGAAUACAAUGGUUACUUUCCCACUGUUACCGAUCGCUAUUUUACUCCCUAUUACAAAGUAAACGUUCAAUUACCUGAAGACGAUAUAUGCAUAAGAAUACACAGCAAUCGUAUUUGUAUGCUGUCUCUGGCACCUAGUCACAUCAUUCUACAAGGUGAUAAAGAUAUAAAAACGAUCAACUUUAAAGUCAGUGAUAAGUUAGAUAGAUCUCUGAAUAAAGUCUCAGGUAAAGGUAAGCAUGGCGCGCAACCAUUGCAAACUAAUUCCAAUAUCUGUAGCAUAUCAUGUUCUGACGGACAGACUUAUAUGAUAAAGUGCUGCAUGAUUGGGAAGUUAGUGGAGGUUAAUGAGAUGUUGCUAGAAAAUCCAAGGCUUCUCAGAAAUCCACCACAUAAAGGUGGCUACUUGGCUAUAAUAUUACCGAACCUAAAACUUUUAGAGAAUUUGAAACAAUCUCUAUUGACUCAUGAACAAUAUAUUGAAUUAAUUAAAGAAAGAGGAAGAACAGCAGCACCACAUGAAAUACCAUAAUAUGCGGAUACAUUUAGAUAUUUGCAAUAAUCUACUUUGAUUGGAAAAUAAACUUGAUUUUAUAAAAAAAAAUUA